GUCACUGAAUCUAGGCGAAUCGGGGCAGAAGACUUAAUACAAGGACAGGUCGACACCAAAAAUACUCACGGUAACAGCAUACAGUGCAUAAGGUAACAGCCAAUAUUUCCAAAUUGUCACUAUGAUGUCACUGAUGUUAAUCUGCGCCUUGUUGCCGGUGGUAGCCAUGGCAGCGGUUUCUAACGCGGGAUGUGGUUCAACCAAGGCAUGUUUCAAAUCACCAGAAGGAUGUACGUUGUACACGGAUUGUACAUUUUUCCUAUCAUACGUUGAUAACGCUGAAAUGUCUGCAGUAGAUUUUGAGAUGUUGGCUGAUAGGUCUGGUACCGAUGGCAGUGGAUGGGCUGGCGUGGGAUUCUCGACUGACAAAUCCAUGGGAAGCGACAGUGUUGUUAUGUGUAUGAAACCAGCUAGCGAAGAGGGCGCUGUUCAAACCGCCUUCACUACUGGUACUACUAAUGCUCUGACUGGCACUGAUGGUCUUAGUAACGGCGUAGUAACAGUUACUAACAACAUUUUGGAGUGUAGCUUCACACGUAACUACUCCAUUAACGGCAAUGCCAACUUCUAUGACAUAGAAAGUACAUCGUAUUACUUUUUAAUUGGAACAGGUCCAAUUACGUCAGGUACUCCAACAGAACAUGAGGAUUACCCAUGUGCCAGUGAUAUGAAACUGGACAUCACCAGUAAAGAUGACAUCAUGUGCAGUGACGCUCAUCAUAGCUCAGAGGAGAGCAACAAUGUCGCUAUCAUGUCACCAGCUGCACACCUGAUAAUUUUUAUGUGUGGACUGGUGAUGGCUCUGUUUUACUGAUCGUUAUUUUCAAUUACAAGGCAAGAUAACUGCAGCUAUUUCAAAUAAAUUUAGUGUCGGACAAUUUUACUUAACAGGAAUUUUGAGAUGACUUUAUUUAAUCAGUAGGUGACUACUAAUGUGUCAGUCACAUAGCCCGUAAAUACAGUUUACGAUAUAAUAGUACCAGUUUAGAAUAUUUGUAUUUGGUGGAUGCAGGUCGAUAUAAACAAGUAAUUGAUGUACACUCCCACUGGGAAUAAUGGGAUUUAUGUAAAACUCGACAGAUUAAAAUUCUAAUUCUGAAAAACAA